AUGCAGUCCGGCGAUGAUUCAUGGCAUGUCAUUGAGGAAAACAAAACCAUCCAUCCGUGGCAGAACGAGUUCAAAUCUCCACUCCCUGAAUACGGGUACAUUGCCUCAAUCUUUUCAAAGACAGACAUUGAACUUCGGGUUCGUGAAGCUGAGAAGGACAAAGAUGUUGAUGAAGGUGAGAUUGAAGUCAUCGAUCCCGCCACAGCCAAAGUUGAGAGAAUUAAAGCCAAUGAUCCUAGGUACUACAGUGCCGACGGUUUCAAGGCUAGGAGUUACAAAGGUUCUAGCAAGCCUAUGCACAUCCCACCGUUCGUGUGGCAACAGAUGUCGGUAGGACAAAGGAGAAAGGCCAUAGAGAGAGAGCAAAAGAAGAUUGCCACCGAAGAGGCAGAGUCCAAGGCCAAGACGAGUACCAAGAAGAAACCUUCCACGCCGGCGGCAGCUAGCCCGCCGGAAGGCGAGGCCGAGCUCGAAGUUAUUCCAGCGAUGCCAACCCUCAACCGGCAACAGCGAAGGCACAGGGAGAAGCCUUUGCCCAUGAAUGACUUCAUGGAAGACCACACGGCCAGGCCCAAGCCAUUGAGGAUGGCCAAGCUUGCGAAGGUCUUGGCUGUCUUCUUCGAUCCGGUGUGGAGCAAUUGGAGGGGCUCUUCAUUGAUUGCCGAGUCCGGUUCGGCGAUCCCGCCGGUGAAUGAGGUGUUGGUGCACGAUCAUCACCUGCUUCCGAAGUCUGAGGAACAGCCGCAUAGCCUUCUGGGGCUUCUGGUGGUGAACCAUCAUCAGGCUUUCGCUUCGCCUGUGGCUGUGGAGGUGGAGGAGUUGUACAGCAGAUCAGUGGCCCUGGCUUUGCAGUUGGGUGGCUGGGUUCUCAUUGAGACUACAGGUGCUGAAACAGCUUUGUACCUUGAGGCAGAGUGGUCAAAGAUGCGAGUGAAGCAAACUUUCUUGGAGGCUUUGGUCCUGGAGUGGCCUGGUUUGAAGAUUGAGCAGAAGGUGACAUAUGCAGUUGAGUGGCGGCCUUCUGUGGGAACAGGUGGCCAUGCUGUCUCCAAAUCCAGCAAGGUGCAUUUGACGGGGCUUCCCGCUGAUGGACACUUUUCAAUGCGGGUGCUGGCUUGCGUCAACAGUGAUGCUCGAGGGGUAACCCCGUUGCGACUCAAUGGACCUUGGGUUGAGGCCGCUAGUCUUCUUGCCAACAGAAGGCCAGGUCGAGCUCAUGCUGCGAGUUUUGAUGUAAACCUUGACCCGAUGGGAGAAGCACGAGGAGAAUGCCAGGUAAGCAAAUGCUCAAAGUAUUUGGCCCCAGAGGACUCUACUGGCUAUGUCAAUGACCCGGCGUCGACCCUGUGCAGGCGAUGUGGCUAUUCAUUUCUGGAGCACAAGAAAGGAUUGCCCACAAACCAGCAGGGAGGAGGGAAAGCUAUGUCCACAAAGUCAGCAGCUCCUAUCUCCGACAGCGAGAAAUUGUAUACGGUGCAGUCUUCCAAAACCGAGUCAGGCAAAGAGGUUCGGAAGAGCUUAGCUACAUUCAUUGUGCAGCACAGGGCUGUGUUGCUUCGAUCCAAACCGAGCGUCAAGGCAGACAAGCUUGGGAUCGUGUGCAAAGGGCAUAUUCUCAAAGGGUAUGAGAUUGAAGGCUGGGUUCAGCUGACACGUGAAGCAAGCAUGCAGGCUGGCACUGGAGGAAAAGCUGCAUGGGCGCUGAUAGAUGGCAAGGAGGUCGGCCUGGGAAUUCUUCUGCAGCAGCUGAAGCCGGGCGAAACACCAAUGACGAGAGUUGAGGACUCAGAUGAUGAGAAGGCAACUCCAUGGAGAGCUGAAGAUGUCUAUGUUGGUGCCAUGGAGUUUGAGGUCAUUUUUAAAUCCGUGUCUGUGCGAAGGAAACCCAGAGUCACAGCCAAAUCCCUUGGCGUUGUCAAGGAGGGAGACAAGAUCUUUGGCUACCCGAAGGACAAUUGGCUCCAAACAAGCAAGAAAUACAGGCAAAAAGAGCCUGGAUGGAUGCGGAUGGACGGAACGGAUCUUGGUCACGGCCCCCUAUUGCAAUGCACUUCACUCAAGCCGCAGAUGACAAAGUGCUUUGCAGAGGCCCUUCUGAUUUCUUGGCAGCAAGUGCCUGCAAAGUCUGUACUAUACUCUCUGGAGUGGAUGACGCAGGAAAAGAAACGUGCAAACACGGCGUUGGACAAGACCAGAUCUACUACAGGUAAGAUUCAGGGCUUGACUGCCGACUCCACCUACUUCAUCAGGGUCACGGCUUUUGUCAUGAUUCCGGGGAUGCAAGUCAGCGAUCCGAAGAGCAUUUGUGCACAGAUCUGCAGCGAGUGGACAGAAGUUCAGACAGGCGCUGCAGUGGACACGGUGGAGCAGACCUCCAUGACGUUUGACCCACUGGCGAGAAUUCGUGGCCGCUGCAGUGGUUGCCAGUACUGCCAGAGCUUCAUUUUGUCGAAGUAUUCCUACUUGAUGCAUUUGGAUCAGGUGCUUUGCCGGCGAUGUGGCUGUGCCUGUACGAGUCAUGAAAUCGUCGGUGAGUAUGGGAAGUCACAUGCUCAAUGGUCGAAGGAGAAUGCAGAGCGCAGGAAGAGGGAAGAUCAGAGACGACAAGCCAACAAGUUCAACAAGAAGCCAGACCUUGUCCUGGAGAUACCUUGCGACCCAUGGCAGCCAGAUGAUGCACCUGCUGGAACCGCGAAGGCCAACUAUGUCAUCCGACAGGUGACGAAAGCAAGAAACUUCUAUGAGACCCUUGGAGUGAAGCCAUCUGCGGCGACCAAGGACAUCCGGAACGCAUACCGUCAGAUUGCACUGCGAAUUCACCCAGACAAGGUGUGCCCUGGCGGGGGGGAUUCAGACCUACUGACCGAGGCAGAGGCCGCUUUCAAGUUGUUGUCUACAGCUUACGAAGUACUUGGUGACGAAGGAAAAAGAGCAUCAUACAAUCACACAGCAAGGAACAAGGCAGCCUCAGUCAGCUCGCAAGGGCCGCGCACAACAGCACCAUCAGAGGGCGCGCGGAGGGAAGCAUGGCCAGGAGGCUCCAACGGUUCCAGGGCCCAGAAGGAGGUGAACUUCAAGGUCGUCCAUGCCAUCAAUGCUGAAGAGAUUCGGAUGACGAUGAACCCCGGUACGAGUGUGAUGGGGCUAAAGCGUGCAAUGUGCAAGAGGCUAAAGAGGGGGCCGCCGGAGAGCAUCGAUCUUUGUGAUGCAAAGGGCUGCAUCUUGGAGGAUGACCAUCGCUUUGUGUCAGACCAGGCUUUGUUCUGCAUUGGCGUAUCUUUGGGGCCACCAAAGACUGUGAAACUUGAGGUGAGAGACCAUCGAACCGGAGCGAGACUUCAUGUGGAGGUACUGGACACCGCGAGUAUGGAGACUGUCAGGAAGAAGGUGGCCCGGGAACUGCGAGUCAAAGAAAAGGAGAUACAAGUUGGACACCAGAAGUUCACGGGCUCAGCUCGCCGGUUUGAAGCGUUGGCCACAGACGAGUUGCUCAAUGGCAGGAGAAGAAUCUAUGUGAAUGGCACCACCGUCCUUAUCUACUUGAGCCUGGAUCAGGCUUUACAGCUUCAGCGUGACCUCAUCGUUGCUUACAGUGAGCCGAAGUUCCAGGCAGACCUUGACGGCUUGUUGAGCACAUAUCCAAUGCCGGAGUCAAUAACCCAGAUGAAAUUCCGGGAGGCAUUUGGCAAGCUUGUGCGCAUGGCACAGAAAGAGUGCCUAGCAAGGUGGGGCUUUGAAGGAGACUUUGCAGCCCAAAACAUGAUGACUGCUUUCGGAAAAGUUGCGCAUACGCCCGAAGUGUACUCCCUCAGCCUAGAGAUUGACAAACUCCUCCGUAUUACUUCAGGGGGAAUGAUUGCUGCUCCAAUCAAGCAAAAGAAACCUGAUCAGGCGGAACCCAAAACUGCUGAGCAGCAACCAUUUCGGCAGGAAACCGCAAAGGGAAAAGUUUCAAAAGCACCUGUUACCAUAACUGUUCGUCAAGCAGUUGACGAAGAGUUUGAAGCUCCUGCACCUUCAAUAAAGGUAACUGUUCCUGCAGAUGCCACCAUGCGCAAGGUCAAACAGGCAAUAUCAGAGAAGCUGGGCAUGAAGCGGACGACCACAAUAAAGCUAGUGUUUGAUCUGCAUGGAAGAGCUGCCAAGUUGCGGAAGACCGCAUCGCUGGACAGUGGCAUGACUUUUGCGUCCUUUAAAGAUGACGAGCAAAUUGGUUCACGCCGAGAGCUGCUAGUGCUUGGUGCAGAUUUGCGGCAGGCACCACAGCAUCUUCCGCGGCAGGUUGAGGUUUCUGUAGAGCUAAGUGGCUUGGGGUCCCUUCCAGAUGGAGAGGUGUUUGUGCAGGUUAGACGAACAGCAACAAUGCGGGAGGUGAGAGAAGCUGUGGCAUGGCAAGUUUUGACGAAUCAGGCUGAAACCAUCAUGCCCAGUGCCACCAAAGUCUCAGAGGUUGCAGGUAUUGGGAUGAUUGCUGCAACAAUAGGAGAUUCUAUAGCAGUGGACUUGCUCGCGGAUGAUGCUACAUUGGCUGAUUGCCGAAGGUUCCUUUGGGUCAGUGCGGAUUUGGCAGUUCAGCUACGCGACCCCGACCUCGACCAAUGUUUGAAGGAUGCUUUUGCAGAGGAUUCUCUAGAAUCACCGGGCUUGGAGAUGGAGGAAGUUCAGGACGAACCCAACAUGCCACAAGAUGUUGCCGCAGAUGAGGCCACAAGCCCUUCGAAUGCAGCGCAGAAAGAGGAUUCGCUGGAAUCACCGAACUUUAAGGUGGAGGAAGUUCAGGACGAGCCCAACAUGCCACAAGAUGUUGUCGCAGAUGAGGCCACAAGCCCUUCGAACGCAGCGCCAAAAGAGGAUUCCCUAAAAUCGCCGGGAUUGGAGGUGGAGGACGUCCAGGACGAGCCCCACAUGCCACAAGAUGUUGUCGCAGAUGAGGCCACAAGCCCUUCGAAUGCAGCACGAAAAGAGGAUUCGCUAGAAUCACCGGGUUUGGAGGUGGAGGAAGUUCAGGAGACUACUUUGUUGGUUGAAGUCCCGGAGAAUGCCACGGACUGGCAGGUUGAAACUCUUGACAAGUUCUUGCAGCUAAUAGGAGGUCGCGUUGCAAAACGAUCCCCUUGGCAGAACCAAUCAGGUAGAGACGGCUCUCAACGCAUCAUCCAACUUGCAGAUUUGGUUGUGAAUGAGAGUACAAAGCCACCAGAGUUGCCCGCCUCCGACCAAAUGGAUGUAGUUGUCCGCUCAAUCACUGCGGAAGGUUCGGGUGGAACUCUGCAUCUUUGUGUUCCAAAAGACGCCAAUGUUGGAAUGAUUCGCGAAUUGGUCACUCAACGUUGCGGUGGAGGCGGAGUGGCUGCUCACAUCCGCAUGGUGCGGCGCUUUACUGAAGUUCUUUUCCUGCCUGUGGAUGACAGUGAGCCAGUUGAGGAAGAAAUGCAUCUUUUGGGUAUCGACUUGGAGGGCGUUACGGAUGACGAACCUGAUACAGAAGCAAGAGCAGAAACAGGAACUGCAAAAUCUGAAUCGAUUGGUUUGCUCGUUGCUGCAAUGGAGCUUCUUGAAGACUCAGAAGUUCAAGAGCGCUUGCAGGAAGGACUGGAUGCAGACAGCCAUGAAGUUCUUGCGGGUUGGGAGCCGCCUUGGAUGGCUGAUGGAUUUGACGAGCUUGAUAGUUGCACACUCCAGACAGUGGUAGCUGGCACGAUUCACACUUGGGCUGAGAGUUUCUCCCAACUUGUUGAACAAAUGACAACCGCUGCUGCUGCUGCAGCUGGAGCUGCAGGUGUCAACCACGGUGAUGUCCAAGAAGAAGAUGAUGAAGUGUUGGCUUGUGAAGAUCAAAUGGGGGAAGCAGAUGAUGAUGGAGCUCUGAAGCUACUUGAGACACGUUGUGAAAGAGGUAAGCACGAGGAGGGAGACGCCGAAAGUGCCAUCAGUGCUAUCCAGCAGCAAAUCGAGCAGGUGUUAGCAGAGCCAGAGAUGGAACCGGAACAAGAACCAGAUCACGACUGCAGGGGCGAAACGGCAGCUACCUUUAGCAUGAUUUAGCUGUCAGCGUGUAGUGAAGACAACAAGGGCAAAAAAUAUGGGACAGGAAAGCAUCGAUAAAACUCAGACAGCACCGGCAGAGCCACGCCUUGGAGUUUUGUAUGGUUUAGUAGUCAUUUAAUUUGCUGGUGUUCAGGGCUGGUUGGAUUGGGGCAGUGCUUCAAUGAUGUUUCAAGUUUCUCAUCUAAAUGCAG